AUUCACAGCACAUGUAAGGGAGAGGACAGUUAUUUUCAAAACUAUUGAGUAGAAUAUGAGAGUAAAAGUUUGCAAUAGUUUUGUAGCAACAGAUCGGUUGUGAGUUUGAGUGAAGGCAUACCUUAAGCCCGAUAUAAAUUGAAUGAGACUUUUAUAAAGAUUUUCCAUACAAUUAACAACCUCUCAAGAGUAUUCAAUAAAUACUGAAUUCAAACUUCACCCAAAUUCUUGACCCAAAGAAUGUCGACAAUAAUGGCAAUCAUAAAGGCCUUGUAUCCAGUCAUGAUAUUGGGGUUUAUAGUGCCGGUCAUACUUUGUGAUAGCACUCACAUGUCGGGCAAAUCCAAUGCCAUCGACGACAACACCAAUAAUGAAAUAACAAAGUUUGAUAAGAAUCUGGAGAAUCUGGUGCCACAGUAUUCCGUAGACCACAGUCUAGUGGACAACUCAUUCAUAUCAUCCUUAUAUCAACAGGAGGUCUGCCGUAGAAAUAUGGUUAAUAUGGUGUAUGAACUGUGCAGACCCUACUUCAGAGCC